CCAUGAGCAAAAAGGUUCACGGCUGCCAACUAGUACUUUGGGAUUCUGGUAGUUGGCCGGAGGAGUGUAGAUCGCUGAUCAUAAAUAAUUUCCCCUUACCGGCCGAUUACUCAUCCUCCUAAAAAAGAUCAAUCGCCCGGAAAAUUGACUAGCAUCUCCUCUUCCUCCAUUUCCGCCGAGGCUUCCUUCCGCUCACCCGAAACCGUUUGAGACGCGAAGGAGAGAGCUAGGGUUUUGCGCUAGUCUUCGGUUUGGAGCGACUCUCUCUCAUGGGCUUGAUGGUGGUUCUUCAGCACUGAUGUCACUGGUCUGGAUUGUGCUUCGUCAUCUUGCGGACAUUGAAGAGAUGGCAAGAACAGUUGUGAGGCCUCUAUUUGGGAUUUUGAGUUCCUAUUUCUGGUGAGUCAAAAAAGAUGAUCUCAAGUGUCGAGUGGGAAAAGAAGCUGAAUGAUGUGAAAAUACAGAAAGAAGAUAUGAAUAGGUUGGUGAUGAACUUCUUUGUCACUGAAGGUUAUGUUGAAGCUGCUGAGAAGUUCCAGAGGGAAUCCGGGACAGAAACAGGAAUAGAUCUCGGAACUAUCAUUGAUCGCAUGGCUGUUAAGAAAGCGGUGCAGUGUGGGAAUGUUGAGGACGCAAUUGUGAAGGUUAAUGAUCUGAACCCUGAGAUACUGGACACAAAUCCCCAACUCUUCUUCCAUCUUCAACAGCAAAGGCUUAUCGAACUUAUCCGAAAUGGCAAAACAGAAGAAGCCUUGGAGUUUGCACAGGAAGAGCUAGCACCAAGAGGAGAAGAAGAUCAAGGCUUUCUGGAAGAGCUCGAGAGAACUGUAUCACUGCUGGCUUUUGAAGAUGUGGCAAACUGUCCCGUUGGAGAACUUCUCGAUAUCUCUCAGCGGUUAAAAACAGCAAGUGAGGUCAAUGCAGCUAUUCUUACCAGCCAGAGUCAUGAAAAAGAACCAAAGAUCCCAACUUUGUUGAAAAUGUUGAUAUGGGCACAAAGGGAACUAGAUCAGAAGGCCAUCUAUCCACGAAUAAACGACUUGUCUACUGCCAUGCUGGAAGAAUCUGCAGUUUGAUAUAGACCCUUAUGUUCCAAACACUUGAGGAGAUAUUGAGCGUAUAGAGAAAGCUUGGGAAAGAAGCAUCCCAGCAAUUGUACUACUCUCUUUUUUUCACCUGAAGAAGUCCAAGAGGAAACUACGAUACUCUACUGUUUAGCGCUUGUGGAAUACUCUCUUCUUCUCAUCUUCUUCGUGGAAAUGUUCAUCCGUGUAAUCGUUUGUGACAAUUGAAAUUUGUUUGUACAAUCUCUGCUUCCUUUCACGUCCAUAUAGGUCAGUCAGAUGGUAAACUCUGCUUGAUGCUCGUAACGAAG